CCUGUAUCUAUGGAAACGACAACAUGGCGGCACUGGUAGGAGACGGAGGCUUGGAGCUGUGGAGAAAUUUCCCUGUCUAAAUCAGUCUGAGCAGAUGCUGGAACCCAGCUUUCCUUGCUGCAGGACCACUGCUCACUCCUGAGGGAAGACACGUUCAGAAGAAACAAGUAGAGAAUAAAAGCCAGAUAAAGCCUACCAACUUCAUGGACACUCAAACGUGCUUCCCAAGGAAGCAAGACAAAGUGAAGAAGAGGGUCAUGUGGGGCAUUGAGGUGGCUGAGGAGCUGCAAUGGAAAGGCUGGGAGCUAGGAAAGGAGAUUACCAAGAACCUGGCUCUGAAAAAUCUAUCCCUGAAAAUACAGAAGAUGAAGUACAGGCCCCCCAAGACCAAGUUCUUCUUCACAGUCAUCCCUCAGCCCAUCUUCCUGAGCCCGGGCAUAACCUUCACGCUUCCCAUCAUCUUCCGGCCCCUGGAGGAGAAGGACUACGUGGACCAGCUGUGGUUUGAGAAAGCAGAGGGGAUGUUCUGUGUGGACCUGAGGGCCACCCUGCCUUGCUACAGUCUGGCCUGCCCACCAUCCCUGCAGUUGCCCAUGUGUGCCGUGGGAGACAUGGCUGAGGCCUGGUUCUGCUUGGACAAUGUGGGGGACCUGCCCACCUUCUUCAACUGGGAGGUCCCCAGCCCAUUCCAGAUUCUGCCCACAAAGAGGCUGCUGGAGCCAGGCGAGGCCUGCCAGAUCCAGGUGACUGUUCAGCCCCUUAUGGCUACCGUCUACCAAGUUCAGGCUACGUGCUUGUAUGGGGAGGGCAGCAGGCAGAGGAGCAGCAUCCAGCUGCAGGCUGCAGCCAAAUGUGCCCAGCUGCUGGUGAGCAUACAGCAGAAACGACCAGAGGACCAGGAUGUCGAGGGCGUCCAGAAAGUGUUACACUUUGGCUCUGUUGCUGUGGGCUGCACCGCCAAGAGGCAGAUCAAGCUAUAUAACCCGUCCUGUGUGAGUGCUCCUUUCAGGAUCGAAGUGGCCCCAGACAUGCAGGCUAAAGACCUGGCCUUCUCAUGCCCCACAACGCAUGGCAUCGUGCCCCCAGGAGAGAAGAAAUGCGUGUCAGUGUUCUUCUGCCCAGAAACUUUGGACAUCAGAACUACAGACUACUUGUCCAUUGUGCCCUCUGGCUGUGCCUCCCAAACCCUGCUCAAACUCGUUGGUUUCUGUAGAGGUCCUGGUGUGUCCCUGCAGCACUACUGUGUCAACUUCAGCUGGGUCAACCUCGGGGAGCACUCGGAGAAGUCCCUCUGGAUUGAGAACAAGUCAGACUGCACAGCGCACUUCCAGUUUGCCAUCGACUGCCAGGAGAGCGUCUUCAGCAUCAGACCUACCUUUGGGACCCUGGUGGGCAAGGCCCGCAUGACCCUGCACUGUGCCUUCCAGCCCACUCACCCCAUCAUCUACUUUCGGCGGGUGGCCUGUCUCAUCCACCACCAGGACCCGCUGUUCCUGGACCUGAUUGGGACCUGCCAUUCAGACAAAAUCAAGCCGGCCAUCCUGAGACCUCAGCAUCUUGCUUGGUAUCGCACGCACCUGGUACGGGGCCUGACACUGUACCCCCCGGACGUCCUGGGCAUCAUGCUGAGAGAGAAGAAGCUGGAGCAGGAUAAGAACGGAGCCCUCAUGAUUCCCACUGAGGACCUGGAGGACGUGCCAGCCCUGCAGUACCCUCUCAUCCCCCCCAUGACUGAGUACUUUUUUGAUGGCUCCAACGACAUGGCAAUCUUCCCCCCACCUGUCAGUAUAGAGCCUGUAGAGGUGGAUUUUGGUGCCUGUUCCAGGCCCGUGGUCCCCAACCCUGUCCCCCUGUGCCUGAUGAACCACACCAAGGGCAAGAUCACUGUGGUCUGGACACACAGGUCUGACUGCCCCUUCUGGGUGACCCCAGACACCUGCGACGUGCCCCCACUCAAGUCGAUGGCCCUGCGCCUGAACUUCCAGCCGCCUUACCCCAGCUGCCUCUAUGCCGUGGAGCUUGAAGCCUUCGCUGUCUAUAAGGUCCUGCAGUGCUACAAUAAUAUUGAGGAGGACUGCACCGUGUGCCCGUCCUGGUGCCUGACUCUCCGGGUGCGAGGCCACAGCUAUGGUGCUGCCGUGGAGCACCACAUCCCCCAGUAUUCCCUGGAUGCCCCCAAGCUAUUUCCGGCAGUGUCCCCUAGUGAACCCGCCUACCGCAGCCUGCUCCUGACCAACAAAGGCUCCAUGCUGCUGACCUUCAACUUGGCCCCCCAAAGCAGCUCAGACAUCUCUCUACGGCCCAGCUCAGGCCUUGUGGCCCCUGGAGCCCACCAGAUCCUCCUCACCUGUACCUACCCCAAGGGCAAUUAUUGGAAACAGCACAUUUUCUACUUGCAGUUCAAUUUGUGCCCCCAGUAUCUCAAGGAGGUGAGCAUGCAGAGCCGGGAGGAGCCGCUGCAGCUGAAGCUGGACACCGACAAAAGCAUCUUCUUCAAGCCCACCUGGGUCAGCUGUUCCUCCACCAGUCUCUUCACCUUUCAUAACCCCUCACGUCUUCCUCUGGAAUUUGAGUGGAGGGUCUCCCAGCAGUACCAGAAGGUGCUGGCCGUCCAGCCCUCCAGGGGGCUUAUCCAGCCCAAUGAGAGCCUUACACUGACGUGGACCUUCAGUCCUCUGGAGGAGACCAAGUACCUGUUCCGAGUGGGGAUGUGGGUCUGGGAAGCUGGCCUACCCCCAAAAGUCAAGCCUCCUGCUACCACCCACUACGUACUCCGGCUGGUGGGCCUGGGCAUCACCAGCAGCCUCUCUGCAAAGGAAAAGGAGCUUGACUUUGGGAACAUGCUGGUGAAAAGCAAGCAGUCCAGGAUGCUGGUGCUUCUGAAUGACGGCAACUGCACCCUCUAUUAUCGCCUGUCCCUGGAACAGUGUAGCCCUGAGGUCAUCAGCAAUGACUCUCCUGUUUUGCAGUUGGACCGCACAGAGGGGAGCAUGCCACCACGGUCCCAGGACACCAUCUGCCUGACUGCCUGUCCCAACCAGCGGUCCCAGUACUCCUGGACCAUCAGCUACUCUCUCCUCUCCCACAGAGAUAACAAGGUCGGGGAAAAACAGGAGCUGUGCCGUGUCUUCCUGACAGCUGUGUACCCCUUACUCUCCAUCCUGGAUGUCCACCCCACAGGCAGCGCCGAGGGCAUCACCCGGAAGCACCUGUGGCGCCUCUUCUCCCUGGACAUGCUCAACAGUUACUUGGAGCGCGACCCCACCCCUUGCGAGCUCACCUAUGAGGUGCCCACCCGGCACAGCACCAGACAGAUCCCCCCUGUCUUUACCCCUCUGAAGCUUGACUUCAAUUUUGGGGCAGCGCCAAUCGAGGCCCCACCAUCGGUGGUGCUCCUGGCCCUGAAGAACAAUGGAGUGGUCGCCCUGGACUGGACCUUCCUCUUUCCAAAUGACCAGCAGAUUGACGUGGAGCUGUGGGCAGAGCCAGCAGAGUUCGACUGCACUGAACUGCACCAAAUGCGCAUACAGGACAACUGCAUAUUCUCCAUCAGCCCCAAGGCUGGGAGCCUGAGUCCUGGGCAAGAACAGAUGGUGGAGUUCAAAUACAGCCACCUGUUCAUCGGCACUGAUCGCCUCCCCGUGCUCUUCAAGGUGUCCCAUGGCCGGGAGAUCCUGCUAAAUUUCAUAGGUGUGACAGUGAAACUAGAGCAGAAGUAUGUGCACUUCACCUCCACUAGCCACCAGUUCAUGCCUGUCCCCAUCGGCGACACACUGCCCCCAAGGCAGAUUUAUGAGCUGUAUAAUGGAGGCUCGGUGCCUGUGACAUAUGAGGUCCAGACCAACAUCCUGUCACAGGUUCAGGAAAAAAAUUUUGAUCACCCCAUCUUCUGCUGUCUCAACCCCCAAGGGGAGAUCCAGCCAGGCACCACUGCUCGUGUCUUGUGGAUCUUCUCACCGAUCGAGGCCAAGACCUACACAGCGGAUGUGCCCAUACGCAUCCUGGGAUGGAACUCAGCCAUCAUCCGCUUCCAGGGCUUGGGCUAUGAUCCUCAUGCCAUGGGGGACACAGCCCCAUUCCACAACAUCUCCUCAUGGGACAACAGCUCCAUUCACUCUAGGCUGAUGAUUCCUGGACAGAACGUCUUCCUGUCCCAGUCCCAUAUCUCCCUGGGGAACAUUCCUGUGCAGAGCAAGUGCAGUCGCCUGCUGUUCCUCAACAACAUCUCCAAAAAUGAGACAGUUGUCUUCGACUGGCAGCAGAGACCUCUAGACUUCGGGGAGGUGUCCGUGAGUCCCAUGAGAGGAAAGGUGGCUCCUGAAGAGACAAUCCCACUUGUGGUGACCCUGAAGGCCUCAGUGCAUGCCAGCUUCUACAGCAUGGAGCUGAUAUGCAAGGUGUACCGGCAGGAACUCUUAGAGCAACACCAAAAGGAGCUGCAGAAGUGGAAGGAUGAGAAGGUGCGGCAGGAAGUGGAGUUCACCAUCACAGAUAGGAAAGUGAAGAGAAGGGCAUAUUGUACAGCCUGUGAACCUAUGAGGAAGUACAAGACACUGCCCCCCAUCAAGAAUCUGCAGUCACUCAACCGGCCUGCCAGCUGGAACCUUAAGAUCUCGAAGGAGGAGCCAUCCUGGCCAUGCCCGCGGCCGCCCUCACCGGGCAUGCUCUGCUUGGGCCUCACUGCCCGUGCUCAUGCCACUGACCACUUCCUGGCCAACUUCUCUGACUUUUCCCACCACUUCUUGCACCGGGAUCUGCCAAGGAGGAAGCACCCCAAGGAGGAGUCCGAGGCUGCUGAGGAAGAAUCCCCUGUCUCUAGGCAGGAGAAGCAGCUCCUGAUUGACUGUCUCACCGCCAUCAUCAGGGGCCUGCUGGAAGACAAGAUCUUCCAUGAGGCUGUGGACCAAAGCCUGGUGGAGCAGAUGCCUUACUUCUGCCAGUUCUGGAAUGAGCAGUCAGCCAAGGUCAUGGUCCAGAACAACAGCCUGCACUUAGUGCCAGCCAUGUCUCCGUCCUCCAACAGCUCAGAGGACAGCAAAGACAAGGAGCAGGAGGAGGACAAACGGAGGCUGGGGAAGAAGGAUUCAGGGGAAGAGGAGGAGAAUGGUGAAGAGGAAGAGGAGGGGCUGGAGGAGGAAGAGGAGGAAGAGGAGGAGAUGGAAGAAGAGGGCAUAGGCAAGGAGGAGCUGGAGGAGGAGGGAGAGAAGGUGGCCUGGGCGGGGACUGCGCCCAUGCUGCAGCCCACAUCCCGGGAGUCCCUGAAGUGGCAAUGGCAGCAGCAGCUGAAGGUCGCGGCAAAGGAGAAGCAAGAGCAGGACGAGAAGGAGGCCAUCAGCCGGCUUCCAGCUUUUGCCAACCUGCAGGAGGAGCUGCUGGAGAACAUGAUCCAGAAUAUCCUCGUGGAGGCGAGCCGCGGGGAGGUGGUGCUCACCUCGCGGCCGCGCGUCAUCGCCCUGCCGCCGCUCAGCGUUCCCAGGAUUCUGACUCCCGACCCGCUGCAGGGGGCGCCCUUACGGACGCAGCAAGCGGAGGUGCGCCUCCCGGUGGCGCCGCCCCCUACCAAUUCUUUGCGGAGGCCAGCGCCCAGCCCCUCCCACUUGCUUCCUUAGGUUCCGCCCAGACGCCUCUCCUCUGC